CAUUGGGUUGGGUGUAGGAUUGGUUCUCCAUGUGGGAUACUGAGGGAGCUGCCGGGACAUGGGGCUGGGUGUGGAACUGGCUUUCCAGGUGGGACACUGAGGGAACUGCCAGGACAUUGAGGGGGCUGCCAGGACAUGAGGAUGGGUGUGGAAUUGCCUGUCCAAGUGGGACACUGAGGGGACUGCCAGGACAUGAGGAUGGGUGUGGAAUUGGCUCUCCAGGUGGGACACUGAGGGAACUGCCGGGACAUUGAGGGAACUGCCAGGACAUUGGGCUGGGUGUAGGAUUGGUUCUCCAGGUGGGACACUGAGGGGGUGCAUGGGGCUGGGUGUGGAAUUGUCUUUCCAGGUGGGACACUGAGGGAACUGCCAGGACAUUGAGGGAACUGCCAGGACAUUGAUGGGUCUGGCAGGACAUGAGGAUGGGUGUGGGAUUGCCUGUCCAACUGGGACACUGAGGGGACUGCCAGGACAUGGGGCUGGGUGUGGAAUUGUCUUUCCAGGUGGUUUUUCCCUCCGUAUUUCCAUGACAGAAGUUGGAAUGUGGCACAAAAAGCAGGGAAACUGAAGAUCCCCCAAGGCACAGAAGUACCAGAAGCAGCAGCUGGAGCAGGGUCAUGAUUUUUGGCCACCCAGCGGAGAAGAUCCAAGGGAAUAUUUUCCCACUGACAUUCCCAAGGACUUUGCCAGUGAUUGACCCUGGAACAGUCAGGGCCAGCCAACCUUUAGCAACAACAGGAACUGAAGAGAAGAAAACACAGAAAUAUGGCAAAAAGAGGAUGGGAAAAAAGAAAAAAGGUCAGUGUCUCUUCCCCCAAGGUGAUAAAAAAGGAGGAAGAAGAUUCCCAGCCCCAAAGACACACCAUUGCUCCUGUUUAACCCUGCAGAGCAACGUGACCUCCCAGGAUAAAAAUGCAGCGGCUCAGAGAAUCGCCUCAGCCAGGCUCCACAAAAUCAAAGAGCUGAAGAACGAAAUCUUUGACUUGCAGAGAAAAAUAGAAGCCUCCAGCUUAGAAAACCACGCCCUGAGGCAGCUCCAGUGGAGACAGUCCAAAGCAAUAGGGAGGUACAAAAGCUCGGAGAGUUACUUUGAGGAUCUUGCAGCCAGACAUUAUGUCGAGGUGAGGAAUUUAAGGGACCUCCUGAGGAUGUCUCAGGAAUCUGAGAGAAGCACCUCCAAGGAGCUCAGGAAAGUAGAAGCGGAGCUGCUAAGAGUUAAAGAUGCUUUGCAGGCCUUGCUGGUGCUGUCAGAAGACAAAGGUCUCGCGGGGAGAGAGGAACUUCAUCGCAGGCUGUCGGUCCUCACUGAAAAACUGGAAGCAAAGGAUGAGGAAAUACAGAGUCUUGAAAGGCAGCUGAAGCUGAACAACAACACCUUUAAUCGUCAGCUGGCAAGUGAGAGCAGAAAGGCUCUGGAAGCUGGAAUAAUCACACGGAAUUUGAAAAUGGAAAUUAACUCCCUGCACCAAAAAAUUAAGGAAAAGGACAGGCAGCUUUACAUAAAAAAUAUCUAUGCAAAUAGGAUGCCCAAAACCCUGAAGGACAGGAUUGAUUUGGGACCUCAGGAGCAAAGUCUGAGUGUAAACAGAGCAGUACAAGUAGAUAAAGAGAGUUUCAGAGCACUGCUGCUGUCACAGCACCAGGACACAGAAAAAAGCCCAAUCCAGCUCAUAAAGGAGAAAAAGUCUUCAGAAGACAAGGAUGAAGAAGCUGCAGCAAAUGAAGUGAACUCAGAUGCUCAGAGAACAGAAAAUCAAUCAACCAAGAAAGCACCGGUGCCAAAAACUUCUAACAGAGCACACAGAGGAUUUAUGAAAGAAAAGGAAAAAGAGACAGAAUUGCUCAAACAGGAGUUGAAAAACCUCAUGAAAACUGAACAAGGUCCUCAAAGUGUUGGUGUAAAAGACAACAAUCAAGAGGGAGAUGCAGAGGAAGAAUUUGAAAAGGGAGAAAAGCCAGAAGAACAGCAAAUUAACAGUGGGAAGGAAGGGAAGGAAGGUGCAAUUCCAAACAAAACACCCGUCAGGCCGAAAAAAAAAUACACAUUCUCAGAAGCCAUUGAGAAUUUGCAUCAGGGGCUUCACACGUCUGGUAGAAACCCCAAAGCAGGGAGCCAGGGACAGGCAGGGCAGGGCUGCACUGAAACAGCUGAAUCCAGAGGGAAAAAUUCCUUUGGGCUCUACGAGCCAUCCUUUGGUAAAGACACCAAGCCCAGGCAGGAGGAUGGAGCCGCCGGAGCGGAAGGACUUGCUCACGUGGCGUUCGCUGAGAGGAAAAAACAGCUUAUGAAAGAACUCUUUGGAGCAGGAGCCGCUCAGAGAGACAACCCUUCGAGUUCCAACACGAGAGGAACAAAAUGCAAGGAUGCAGGAUGAGACACAGGCCAAAUUCCAAACCUCCACGGCGAGUUUGUCACGGGAAGCGCCCAACAUGAACUAACACCCGAGAACACACAAAGCAUUUCUGACAGUCAGACAAGUUACAGCAACUUAUCUUCAGAAAAUUCCAACUUCUAAAAUGUUAAACUGUUAAAAUUGUUAAAGCCAAACGUUUUACCUUCAUUAAAUGUGUAUUAAAUCUUA